GGACCCUGCAAGUCCUGCUGAAGAAUCGCGCGGAAGACAAGCGCGAAUGCCGGGGCUCCGGUUGCGGCGCAAUGGAAAUCAUCGGCAAAGUGGGAAAAGCAGUACGCUGCCGACCGUGAUCGGACGCGUUUACGGAAUCAACGAUCAACUUUACGUCAUGAAAGUCCCGCGAGGGACAACUUUACGCGUGCAUGCAUGAAAAGUCGAGGAAAACUUUUCGGAAAUCCCCCUGAGCCACAAUUAGCGCCGGAAAAGUUGCCGAGACCGCUCCAGCAAUCUCUUCCAUUAUCCAGAAAAAAACGCGCAAGAAAUUAACUUUCUACCUCCAUCGUCAGUGUUGCGUAGACGAACAAUUAAAGAAACUUUAGAUAAACAAAAACAUAAAUAAAAAGGGGAAAAACACUCGAGAAGUGGUGUUACUAGUGUGGGUGGAUGUGAGUGAUAGUUGGGCACCGACAAUGGAUCUAAGGGAUUAAACAGGUUAUUGGUGGCUGAAAAUGGUGCUCAUUAUGUGGUGGCUCAAAACAAUAUUGCUGCUAUUCACACCAUCAACUUAUUGCAUGUACAAUGGGUUUCAGAGCAUUGAAGAUGGCGGCAUCCAUAGCAAUGAGCUGGAUAGACCAAUUCCAACGGAGGAAGCCCAUGGUGUACUGGGAAAGAGCAAAGGACUGCCAUGUAGCAUUACAACCAAGAAGCACAACGAUUCUGUUGCUAUGGUCUUGUGGUUCAAAGAGAGCAUAGGAGAACCUUUGUACAGGAGCCCCAGCUUUCUUCAGCAUACCAACUUUCGUAGAUUAAGCGAGGGCAUUUUCAGUUUUGAUGUGCGAAGCAGAACCUUUAAUAACGCCAAACUGUGGUCUUCGCCAACCGUCUUCGGUAACCGAGCAUACUUCCGACCUUCCACCAAUCCAGCCACUCUUGUGAUCGACAACAUCCAACAAUCCGACGAAGGAAUUUACCGAUGUAGAGUCGAUUUCAAAAACUCCCCGACCAGAAAUAGCAAAGUGAACUUUACUGUGAUUGUUCCGCCGGAGAAAAUCCAUAUUUUCGACGACAAACGGAUAGAUAAAUCGGUACUUUUAGGGCCGUACAAUGAGGGUUCUGAUGUCAGCCUUCUAUGCGAAGUCCGUGGAGGUCGGCCCCGACCUCGUGUCAUCUGGUUUCUGGAAAAUAAUGUAAUCGACGAGACGUUUGCGAACCGUUCUGAAGAAGUGGUCAUCAAUCACAUGGUAUUCCCCAACGUGGGUCGCCAACAUUUGCAUGCAAGACUGAUCUGCCAAGCAUCCAACAACAACAUCGUGCCGCCGGAGACGAAGGCCGUGGUUCUGGACAUUAAUUUGAAGCCUCAAAGUGUGAGCAUCCUAACCAAGGAAAAACACGUCUCAGCAGAGAAGCGAUACGAAGUGGAGUGCCGGACUUCUGGAUCCAGGCCGGAUGCCGUUAUUACUUGGUGGAAAGGAAGCAGGCCCGUCAAACGACUGGCAAAAAACUUUGCUGAACAGAACAACCAAAGCUUGAGCAUUUUAAACUUUGUGCCUGUCAUCGAUGAUGAUGGAAAAUAUUUAACGUGUCGAGCAGAGAAUCCCACCAUACCAGACAGCGCUUUGGAGGACAAAUGGAGACUAAAUGUUCAUUAUGUUCCCGUCGUAACAUUAAAAAUGGGAUCGACCCUCAACCCCGAAGACAUCAAAGAGGGCGACGAUGUUUACUUUGAAUGCAACAUUAGAGCCAAUCCCAAGGCGUACAAACUUUCCUGGUUCCACAAUAACGUGGAAAUAUAUCAAAACAUGACUGCUGGUGUGAUUCUGAGCGACCAAAGUUUGGUGCUUCAAAACGUUGUGCGAGCCACUGGUGGUGAAUAUACGUGCAUUGCAACCAAUACUGAAGGAAAAGGCUCAAGUAAUCCAGUGAAUCUCUCAGUAAAAUACGCGCCCGUGUGCAUCCAGGAACGUGAGGAAGUGUAUGGAGCACUCAAGCAGGAGACCGUGACGUUACGAUGUCGAGUGGAUGCGAAUCCGCCAGUAGCGGCAUUUCAUUGGACAUUUAAUAACAGCGGGGAUCAGACGGACGUGUCCAGCGAAAAGUACACGAACGAGGUGACAUCGUCUCGAUUGAACUACACACCCAACAACGACCUGGACUAUGGUACUCUCCUUUGCUAUGGGGAAAAUGAAAUUGGAAAGCAGAAGGAACCAUGUGUAUUUCAAGUAGUUAUUGCCGGCCGUCCAUCUCAUCUGCAAAACUGCACGCUGCUAAACCAAACCACCAACUCUUUGCAAGUGGAAUGCGUUGAGGGCUAUGACGGAGGGUUAACCCAAAGCUUUGAAAUGGAAAUUUUGGAAUUGCCCGGGCUCAAAUCGCGAUUAAACAUCACAACCUAUAAGGCACCCAUCUUUGUAGCUGAUGGGCUGGACCCGGGAACUAGUUACCGCAUCAUGUUGUAUGCCGUAAACAAAAAGGGCCGAAGCGAUGCGACAGUGAUCGAUCCCGUAACUUUCAAAGGAGUGGCCAAAUUACAAGGUUCGACUGCCAGUAUGCCAAUCAACCCCCUGAUAAUGGGCCUUUUAGGAACAGCAGCAAUUUUGGCAACCGGAGUAUGUCUAGUGUUGGUAGCACUAUGUAGAAAACACUACGCCAGGCCAUGCCACAGGCCGGAUAGCAACAGUACAAAGCAUGUUCCUAUGGAAGCCGUUAUCAAUGCAGAUGACCUGAUUGUCGAUGGUUCCAUAACUGGAAUGCGAACCUCCAGCGGUUCCAUUGAGCACACCAUAACAGCUGAAGCGGUUCGGAAUGGAAACUCCAUAGAAGCCACGGAUCCGGAUAUAAUCCGAAAUCAGUAUGAAAGAAGACCGAUUCACGGGUUUAUGAAAGUAUACGAGUACGAACCACCUGGUUGCCGCGAAGAAGACGACCAAGACGAUGAGGGCGAAGGAUACGCCUUUAAACACGUUGCCAAAGAAUUACAUGCCCCGAAUCAAACAAUAUAUCGAAGUCUCCAGAGGCCUAACCGGACAAACCCCCACAAUCCGACGUUGAUUACGGGGUCCCAAACGCUCACCCAUAAAUAUCGGGGGCCCGAAGUGGUCACCACAUCCAAUCGGAUACAGGAGAGUUGCAUAUAAGAUCCUUAUAAUGUCAUUGUUUUUAUCAUUGUAAUAUAUUAAUGUAUUUAAAAUAAAAAUAUUAAAAGACUUUAUUUCUAA